AUGCGCUUUCUAUCAAGCCUCUUCCUCGUCGCAUCUCUCUCGACAACGGUCCUUGCCAAUGCCGGUGGCAAGGCCCCCGAUAAUUUCCCUCUACCGGCUGAUUUCGACCAUGUCAACAGAUCCCCACCACAGACCUUCGUCCUAAACCGAUGGCCUCUCUCUGCUGGGGAUGAUACUAAGCAGCAAGCUCCGCUGGGCAUGCUACGAUAUGUCGCCAACACGUUAUCAGCAACCUAUACACCUUUCGAGGGCUUAAGUGAGCCUAUUCCAGAUGAAGCAUAUCGAGUUGGAUUACUCAAGGGCGGGAAGUGGAUUGGAGGUGUCCGGACGGGAAAAAUACUACAAUCGAAUUAUGCUGCAACAUGGACGCUUCAUGUGGACGAGAAAGGCGAAAUCUUCCACGCCGAAUACGACGCUGUUGAACUUGCGCCAACUGCACAAAAGCCUGAAACCGAGAUAGUUAUCAUCAGGCCAUACGAAGGUGCCAAGCCAGCGUUGAAUAGGCCGGUAGUUCUCAUGCCAGAUGGCAGAUUACCACAGAAAGAGGAAGAGAAGACAUUCCUCCAAAAGUACUGGUGGCUCCUUGCGGCAGGUAUGGUUCUGCUUGCAGCUGCACCAGGUGAAGGAGGGAAAUAG